AGAGAAGAAGAAGAAGUUUGGAGAGACAUGGCGAGAGGAAAACAAACGCUGAAACAUAUUUAACAGGAGAAGUUCAACAACAACGCGCAUAUAAAUACAUCGAUAACUUCAGAUUAUUAAAGAUUAACAACCUGUCAGCAUCAUUUCUCUGCUGGGCCGCACAGUGUUGAGUUAGUAAGCCGGUGUGAAGCUGCAACAUGUCGGUGCACUUCGAGGAGAGGAGCGGUGUCGUCCCCUGUAAGACACCCUGGGGCUCCUGGUCCCAAACCAUGGAGGAGGUUUUCAUCGAGGUGGACGUGCCUCACGGGACGUCUGCGAAAGAGAUCAAGUGUCGUUUGGGAUCCAGAGAUAUCGAGCUGCACGUCAAAGGGGAGGAAAUAUUCAAGGGAAAGUUGUUUGACACAACCAUGUCCGACGAGGCCACGUGGACACUAGAGGACAAGUGUCUCAUCCGAAUCAUUCUCAUGAAGACUAACAGAGAGGCGGGGAACUGCUGGUCCUCCCUGCUGGAGGGGGAGUAUUGUGCGAAUGCCUGGGUCCAGGACCAGAUGCAGAGAAAGCUCACACUGGAGAGGUUCCAGCGGGAGAAUCCUGGAUUUGACUUCAGCGGUGCAGAGAUCUCUGGGAAUUUUGCUGGUGGUGGUCCAGAUUUUUCCAGUUUACAGAAGUGACUGAUGCCGUGAUGUCUAAUGAACAAUAAAAAGGACAUCCAUGAGCAGCAAUGACUUCAACAGAUCUUCUGAGGAGAAGUCAUAAAGAUUUGCCUUCUGAAAAACUCAAAUCCUGGGAGACUUUACUGUUUGAUACUUUUCAGAGCAGCCUUUUGAUCUGGCUCGUCUUGGCUGUGAAGGACGAUUUGGCAAGUUGCAGGGCUCAUCAUACAAACAGAACAAGAGUUGAUGUGAACUGUCCUGUGAGAUGUGUCGUCUUUUAACAAUGAGAGCAAUACACACAGCAAUAGCUUUUCAAUAAAGUUUUAUUGAAAGGUACAAGUCUAUAGGUUAGCCAGAUGGUGUGUUCAAUUAGCCAUUUUGAAUUUGAGAACACAUUUGACACUACAGAAACUUAAACUCGACAGGGAAACUGGCAAAGAAAA